CUCUUAUUUUGCCUGCCUGGAGAGGGGAAGGAGCACCAGAGUGGAGCUCAGACGUCAGUGCCGUGUGCUGAGCAGAAACUAAACUACAACGCCGUAAAGUCGAAUUUUGCACAUCUGACAGCACAAGAAGAUGUCAAAAGGACCAGCUGUGGGCAUUGACCUGGGCACCACAUAUUCCUGUGUGGGCAUAUUCCAGCAUGGGAAAGUGGAGAUCAUUGCCAAUGACCAAGGGAACAGGACCACGCCCAGCUAUGUGGCGUUCACAGAUACUGAGAGGCUGAUUGGCGAUGCUGCCAAGAACCAGGUGGCCAUGAAUCCGUCCAACACCGUCUUUGAUGCUAAGCGUCUGAUUGGUCGGAAGUAUGAUGAUCCUGUGGUGCAGUCAGACAUGAAGCACUGGCCCUUCAAGGUUGUGAAUGAGUCAUCCAAACCAAAGGUGGAGGUUGAAUACAAGGGUGAGAUGAAGGCUUUCUACGCAGAGGAGAUCUCCUCGAUGGUCCUCAUCAAGAUGAAGGAGAUUUCUGAAGCUUAUCUUGGCAAGUCUGUGACCAAUGCAGUUAUUACAGUUCCAGCUUACUUCAAUGACUCCCAGCGUCAAGCCACCAAAGAUGCUGGAACUAUUGCUGGGCUUAAUGUACUGCGCAUUAUCAAUGAGCCAACUGCUGCAGCUAUCGCUUAUGGAUUGGACAAAAAGGUUGGUUGUGAACGCCAUGUCCUGAUCUUUGAUCUUGGAGGCGGUACAUUUGAUGUGUCAAUCUUGACCAUUGAGGAUGGCAUCUUUGAGGUCAAGUCCACAGCUGGUGACACCCACUUGGGCGGUGAGGAUUUUGAUAACCGCAUGGUCAACCACUUCACUGCAGAGUUCAAGCGCAAGUUCAAGAAGGACAUCAACAACAAUAAGCGAGCUGUUCGUCGCCUGCGCACAGCCUGUGAGCGCGCCAAGCGCACCCUUUCCAGCAGCACACAGGCCAGCAUCGAGAUCGAUUCACUCUUUGAAGGAACAGACUUCUACACGUCUAUCACUAGAGCCCGUUUUGAAGAGCUCAACGCGGAUCUGUUCCGGGGAACCCUUGAGCCUGUGGAGAAGGCCCUGAGGGACGCCAAGAUGGACAAGUCACAGAUCCAUGACAUUGUAUUGGUGGGCGGCUCCACACGUAUCCCCAAGAUUCAAAAGCUCCUGCAGGACUUCUUCAAUGGCCGUGACCUCAAUAAGAGCAUCAAUCCAGAUGAGGCCGUGGCUUAUGGUGCAGCUGUGCAAGCAGCCAUCUUGGCUGGUGAUAAGUCUGAGAACGUGCAGGACCUGCUCCUGCUGGAUGUCACACCCCUGUCCCUGGGAAUCGAGACCGCUGGAGGAGUAAUGACUGUGCUUAUCAAAAGGAACACCACCAUCCCCACCAAGCAAACGCAGACCUUUACUACCUACUCAGACAACCAGCCUGGUGUGCUCAUUCAGGUUUAUGAAGGUGAAAGAGCCAUGACCAAGGAUAAUAAUAUCUUGGGCAAGUUUGAGUUGACAGGGAUUCCACCUGCUCCCAGAGGAGUCCCUCAGAUUGAGGUGACUUUUGAUAUUGAUGCUAAUGGUAUUCUCAACGUGUCUGCAGUGGACAAAAGCACCGGAAAAGAGAACAAGAUCACUAUCACCAAUGACAAAGGACGUCUGAGCAAGGAGGACAUUGAGCGCAUGGUGCAGGAAGCAGAACAAUUCAGAGCUGAGGAUGAGGCCCAGAGGGACAAAGUGACAGCCAAGAACUCUCUGGAGUCUCUGGCCUUCAACAUGAAGAGCACGGUGGAGGAUGAGAAGUUGCAAGACAAGAUUAGUCCCGAAGACAAAAAGACCAUUGUGGACAAGUGUAAUGAAGUCAUUGCCUGGCUGGACAGGAACCAGAUGGCAGAGAAGGACGAGUACGAUCACCAGCAGAAGGAACUAGAGAAGGUUUGCAACCCCAUCAUCAGCAAGCUAUACCAAGGCGGUAUGCCUGGCGGAAUGCCUGGUGGAAUGCCAGGCGGAAUGCCAGGUGGCUUCCCAGGUGGAGCCGGUGGAGGUUCUUCUUCUGGCCCAACCAUCGAGGAAGUCGACUGAAUGCUGUGUUGACAGUAUCUUUAUCUCAGAUGAUCUCAC